ACGGGAGCGCGCAGGGGCAGGGCGGUCGUGGAGCGUGCGGGGGCCGCGCGCUGCCUCUCAGAGGCCGGACGGCACUGCCGGGACGCGGCGGCGACAACGACGGCGGCGGUGACGGGCACCACGCCGGGGUGAGGCACUGUGACCCAGUUGAACUGUGCACCCAGAAAGCCCAAGAUCGAAGAAGAAAGAUCAGAGACAUCGACUAACCUGGCAACAGGGAGAUCUUUGGAACUUUGCUUUCAUCCACAGUAACCUCAUAAAACGUCAUCAAGUGGAAUUGAUUGCUUCAACUUAUUCUGCUUAUUGGGGAGAAUAUGGCUUCAGGGAUUUUAAGUUCCCUUUUAGUUUUGCAUGAACUCCAUAGGAAACGGAGCCUUUAAAGAGCUUGGGAAUAACAGGAGAGCUUGAAGACAGACAAGCUUGCUCUUUGUCUUUUCCCUCCCCCUUCAAACAAAAGGAUUUACAACUCAACCUUGUAACAGCUGUUGCCCAGCUUUUGCUAUCAAGAGAGAGAUAAAUAAAAUUCACCCACCAUUGCCAGACUACAAACCCUGGUGAAGUGAAGGUGUGGGAGAGUUCGCAUUGCGGGGACUGCCUGGAAAGAACAAGGACUGCAGUAAAACAGCUUCUCUUUAAAGCUGGAAGGGGUCACAGGUUCCUUCUUGGAUUAACAUAGAAACACGGGGCACACCUCUUGGAGGUGCAGCUCACGAUUUGAGGAAGUGUGGUAGUUGUGGAGGUACUAUAGUAUCUCCUCAGAAGAAUCUUCCCUUGCCCGAAGUUUUCUGCUCCACCCUGAUCUUCUCCCCUUCCUUUCCUUUUGAAGACCUGCCUCCAUCCAUGAGCUAUUCCUUGAUCUGUCUGGCUGCCCCUGUUCUCCGCCUGCAACUAUUUGCAUGUGCACAGCGUACUGUUUCUCUGCAGUUUUUAAACUCUACAAGUUGUGUUUCUUAUCUCCCCUUUGCCUUGUUUUGGGGAGGUAGUUUUUCAUCAUUUGGAAUUUGGAAUCACCUUUCCCCCUCCCAUAUGCUUUCCUACAUUUGAGAUCUUUUGAACUUUGGUUUUAUUUGGGAGGGGGAAGGGUGAUAAUUUAAAUUUUCUGUUUCCCUGGUUUCCUUCUGUACUGUUCUCUCCAUCGUUUCCCUCAUCCCAUUUUCUUGUCUGUUCUGCCGCUGUGUGGGCCUGGGCUAUGCGGCAGGGCAGAUCUCCCAUCAGAGCUCCAACAUGCCCUCAGAGUCUGGAAAGAGAUUCAAACCCAGCAAGUAUGUCCCGGUUUCAGCAGCUGCCAUCUUCUUAGUGGGAGCUACGACACUGUUCUUUGCCUUUACGUGUCCAGGACUCAGCCUGUAUGUGUCACCUGCAGUGCCCAUCUACAAUGCGAUUGUUUUUCUCUUUGUGCUGGCCAAUUUCAGCAUGGCCACCUUCAUGGACCCAGGCAUUUUUCCACGAGCUGAGGAGGAUGAGGACAAGGAAGAUGACUUCCGAGCUCCCCUUUACAAAACAGUGGAGAUCAAGGGCAUCCAGGUGCGCAUGAAGUGGUGUGCCACCUGCCGCUUCUACCGUCCUCCUCGAUGUUCUCACUGUAGUGUCUGUGACAAUUGUGUGGAGGAAUUUGACCAUCACUGCCCCUGGGUGAACAACUGUAUCGGUCGCCGGAACUACCGAUAUUUCUUCCUCUUUCUCCUUUCCCUGACAGCCCACAUUAUGGGUGUGUUUGGCUUUGGCCUCCUUUAUGUCCUCUACCACAUGGAGGAACUCUCAGGGGUGCGCACGGCUGUCACAAUGGCAGUGAUGUGUGUGGCUGGCUUAUUCUUCAUCCCUGUAGCUGGCCUCACGGGAUUUCACGUGGUGCUGGUGGCUAGGGGACGCACAACCAAUGAACAGGUUACGGGUAAAUUCCGGGGAGGUGUGAACCCCUUCACCAAUGGCUGCUGUAACAAUGUCAGCCGUGUGCUCUGCAGUUCCCCAGCACCCAGGUAUUUGGGAAGACCAAAGAAAGAGAAGACAGUAGUAAUCCGACCUCCCUUCCUUCGACCAGACGUGUCAGAUGGGCAGAUAACUGUGAAGAUCAUGGACAAUGGCAUCCAGGGAGAGUUGAGGAGAACUAAGUCUAAAGGAAGCUUGGAGAUCACAGAGAGCCAGUCCGUCGAUGCUGAACCUCCACCUCCUCCUAAGCCAGACCUGAGCCGCUACACAGGGCUACGAACACACCUCAGCCUGGCUGCUACUGAGGAUAACAGCCUUUUGGCCAAGGACAGCCCCCCUACGCCUACCAUGUACAAGUAUCGGCCGGGUUACAGUAGCAGUAGUACAUCAGCCGCCAUGCCUCAUUCUUCCAGUGCCAAGUUGAGUCGUGGGGACAGCUUGAAGGAGCCAACCUCAAUUGCAGAGAGCAGCCGCCAUCCCAGCUACCGCUCAGAGCCCAGCUUAGAGCCAGAGAGCUUCCGCUCUCCCACCUUUGGCAAAAGCUUUCACUUCGAUCCACUAUCGAGUGGGUCACGCUCCUCCAGCCUCAAGUCAGCCCAAGGCACAGGGUUUGAGCUGGGCCAGUUGCAGUCCAUUCGUUCAGAGGGUACAACCUCCACCUCCUAUAAGAGCCUGGCCAACCAGACACGCAACGGAAGCCUAUCUUAUGACAGCCUGCUCACUCCUUCAGACAGCCCUGAUUUCGAGUCAGUGCAGGCAGGGCCUGAGCCAGAGCCGCCUUUAGGCUACACCUCUCCCUUCCUGUCGGCCCGGCUGGCCCAGCAACGGGAAGCUGAGAGGCACCCACGUUUGGUGCCGACUGGCCCAUCACACCGAGACCCCUCACCAGUGCGGUACGACAAUCUGUCGCGCCAUAUUGUGGCCUCCCUCCAGGAACGAGAGAAGCUACUGCGCCAGUCACCCCCACUCCCAGGGCGCGAGGAGGAACCAGGGCUGGGGGACUCCGGCAUUCAGUCAACACCAGGCUCAGGCCAUGCACCUCGUACUAGCUCCUCCUCGGAUGAUUCGAAGCGAUCACCCUUGGGCAAGACUCCACUGGGACGCCCAGCUGCCCCUCGUUUUGGCAAGCCAGAUGGGCUAAGGGGCCGGGGACUAGGGUCCCCUGAGCCAGGCCCACCUGCCCCAUACCUGGGCCGAUCUAUGUCGUACAGCAGCCAAAAAGUCGCAACUGGUGUGUCUGAGACGGAAGAAGUGGCCUUGCAGCCAUUACUGACACCCAAAGAUGAAGUACAGCUCAAGACUGCCUACAGCAAAUCUAAUGGGCAGCCCAAGAGCUUAGGCUCAGCCUCCCCUGGCCCAGGCCAGCCACCUCUCAGUAGCCCCACAAGAGGAGGAGUCAAGAAAGUGUCGGGCGUGGGUGGUACCACCUAUGAGAUUUCGGUGUGAGCCUUCGGCGGCCUUCCUCCAACGCCUCUGCGCCUACACCAAAGGGCCCCAGGUGGCCACCUUCCUUCCCUCAAGGGGCUCCCUUCCCCUGCAAGGACAUUUCUAAACUACCGAUUCCAAGAGGAUGAGGAGCUU